AUGGACCACUUCUCUUGCAGGAGUACAAACAAGAUGGCCAGAAGGACCCACGUUGUUGUCGGUUUCACACCGUGUUGUUUCUUCUGUGUCAUGGAGGAAAAAGACCCUUGUGUUAGAAAAGCAUGGUUAGAGUUAUCUCUGAGAGAUAUGCACAUGUCAAGAGACGACACAGAGCUCGCUCUCACCCUCAGUUUCAUCUGGAGAUUGGCCAUGGCCGACCCAGAGAACUCCGAGUUACCAUCUCUUGGGGUCUUUGAGUGCAUGACAAAGUUGUUGAAGAAAGGUCUUGAGGAUGUAGAAUGGGUAAUGACUGGCCAAAAUGUGUAUGCUCCUUACUAUGCAGCUCAUAUCAUUGGAUCUUACACCAUGAAGAAAACUGAGUUUUCUGUGAAAGCUGUGGAUUCUGGGGUCAUAGCUCCAUUGGUUGAGCUUCUGAGAGGGAAAAUGAGUUGGGUCGAGCAAAGAGUCGCGGUUAGGGCGUUAGGUCACUUGGCGAGCUACGAGAGCACAUUUGGGGCAGUGGCUGCUUAUGAGGAUGAAGUGGUGAGUUUAGCCAUGGAGAUUGCAACGACAUGUGUUGAUGUUGUGUACGAAGAGUUUGUGAGUGUUCAAGAAAGAGAAGGAAGAGUGAAGUAUCAUAGUGACUUGCUUACUAGAGGACUUGGAGGGUUAGAGAUGGAAGAUCGAAAAGCCGAGGAAUGGGCAAGCCAGCUUCAAUGCUGGUCACUUCAUUUACUCAAUUGCUUUGCUUACAAGAAAAAGUCUAUUUCUCUUAUUUGCAACAAGAGCUUUCUCAAGAAGCUUAGCAAAAUGUGGGGUGGAUUGGUUAACCACACCUCUCCCGCGAGCAUUGGUCUAAUCCGGAUUCUUUGUUAUACUAAACAAGGGCGAGGGCAUGUCUCGAAUUCGAGAGAAAUUAUAUUGACUCUAUGCAAUCUCUCCAGAUCUUCUGAUGAUUGGCAAUACAUGGGUAUAGAUUGCCUUUUGCUUCUUCUCAAAGACCAAGAAACAAGGUACAAAGUCUUAGAGACAUCAGUGUUUUAUCUUGUAGAUCUUGUUGAGCUUAAAUCCCUUAGCGAUAGACCAAACCUAGGUGACAGAAUAGCUAGGGUUCUUCUAAUGCAUUACAAUACAAAGAAAGGUUGUGUUUACACUCACAAGAUACAAAAGGCUUUGAAAAAACUAUGGAAGAUUAAAGUAGAGAGGAGAAAGAGGGAAAGGCAGUUGAUGAGUGGUAAUCAAGAAAAGCUAUCAGAGACUAGUGUUAUUGUGAAUUUGAUUAAGCAGCAAGCAAACCAAUUGCUUUGUGUAGGAGACCUAGAGGGAGCUAUUAAAUGCUACAUUGAAGCAAUAAGCUUAUGCCCUUUGAAACUUAGGAGAAAGAGAAUGAGUCUAUAUAGCGAUAGGGGAGAGUGUUACUUACUUCAUGGAGAUGUAGACGCGGCCAUAAGUGAUUGCACAAGAGCUCUUUGCUUGUCUGAACCAGUGAACUCGCAUGGUAAGAGUCUUUGGACAAGAUCAAGAGCUUAUGACAUAAAAGGGCUAUCAAGAGAAAGCUUGAUAGACUGUAUCAUGUUUGUCAAUUGCCGUUUCUUGCGUGGCAAAAUCCCUUACUACGCUGCUCAAAUGAUCAGCAAACAGAUGGAAGCCACGUGGCUGUUUGAAGAAGCUAGAGCAUUGAGGCUUCAACAUAUGAUGCUUAUGGAGAAAAAUCACUUAACCGGCUUGUCGACGAUCACAGAAGAACCAGGGAAGAAGAAAGAAUGA